GCCGCGUCACGCCCCCAAGCUUGCCCUCCCGCCCAAUGGUGAGCACGAAUUGACACCUGCCAAUGGAUUCCAUGACCCAAGCCGGGGCCCCCAAACCAUCAACAGUCACAUCAUGUCACGACUGAGCCCAGGAGAAUAAAAUGUGCGGCUGCCCCGGAACCAGAUCCAGGCGUAGCUCGUCCUCGUCGGUCUUGGUCCAUGACCCGUGUCCGUCCGCCGCCCGUACUAAUCGAUAUCUAUAUCUACACCUACACACCACCGGGACGCCUCUCUCUUUGACGCCCGUUGUUCUCCCACCCUGCCAUCGAAAUCGGCCGCGAACACGGCUAGACUGUAUUCACUAUUCACGAGCAACAACAACAAAGUCGACACGGCAAUCAGGACUUCCCGACGGCUGGGAUACGGGCAGCAGGCCGUCUUAAAUUUAGCGUGCAUACACGGUACGGAGGUACAAGGUCGACAAGGCGCAACAAGGUGAGGGCCUGUUGAGGGGGCGACUGUGCGCGCCUGCUUCAAGCUGCUGCACCUCUCGGCACUGCACCCAGCCACUUGUGACAAGCCUGCGAGCUUGCAUUGCUCUCCUUGCGCUGUGCCGUUUCAACCUCCAAGGUCUCUGUCCUGGACGCGACCAAGGCCCGCCACACCACUUUGCUGCGCUGCUACCUAGAGUAGUCGCAUUCCUGCCGCCCUCCUCCCUUCCUGUGCCCGCCGUCUUCAUUUCCGCAUCGCAUCGCAUCGCAUCCGCAUCGCGACUCUACACAGUACUGCGAUUCCCACUUUACCGCCCUUCCUGCUCUUAUCUAGGCCCUUCGACCACUCAACCACACCCCAGUCCGUCUCCACUUUGGUGCACACGCGCCAACACCGACAAAGCGCAGUUGUCGAUCCACGCGCAUCGGAUUCUCGUUCUAUCUGCGGGUCCUGUGUCAGUUGGAUCCGCUCCAGAACCCUGCCAGACCCAUCACCGCCGCGACGAGCCCCGGUUUCCAAGGUUCCCAUCAGCGAUUGACGCACAAUUACAGAGCGCCCGCCCGCCCCUGCACAGUCACCAUGGCGUCGCAAUAUAACACCCACCCCUUGCCUGCGCCCCCGGGCCAGCAGUCCAACAAUUACCCUAAUCCCCAGCAACAACCUCAGGUCCACUACCAACAGCAGCCCUUGCAGCAGACUCACUCAAACUCCCAGAGGCCCCGCCCCAGAUCCAGAGGUUUUAGCCUUCAGUCCGACAAGUCCCAGAAGAGCGACGGCAAGAAGGAGCACCUGGUCGAGAGCCACACCGAAAAAGAGCGCCAGAGGCUACAUAGCAAGGCCGAUCCAACCAUGGCCAUGAACGAGGCCGAGCCUUCUGCCAUUGCUGCAUUUGCCCAGAACAACCUGCAGAGCCUACGCGGACUCCAGCACAAGGACCAAUCUGGAAAUAUCAUAACCGACCCUGACCUGUCCAAUCCAACACGAUGGCGAGAGGAGCGGCCUCUGGACACAAUUCGUGCAUUCGAGGCCGCCAUUGAGGGCAGUUACAGGAGCUCUAUGAUCAACUCAGGAGACAACGAGUCUGUGAUGACUUUCAACCCGAGGAACAGCUACUACGGCGGUGGCAACAAUGGCCGUUAUACACACGACAGCUACUAUGGCAACAGUCGGCCACAGUCGACAUUCCGGCCCGAGAGCGGCGCGCCACGGGAUGGUUAUCAAGACCAAUAUCGAUGGGGCCCUCCCGAACGGAGAAGACCCCCUCCACGCAACAUGGGACCCGGUCCUGGCCCUGAACAGCAGUAUCGGAAUCGGCAAAAUGGUGCGAAUAUGUACGGGCAGGGCAACAAUCAGCGAUCCUACGAAACGGUUGCUUCGGGCUCUGGUGCCUCGGGAGAGCCAGCAGGCUAUCAGACGGACCCAACAAGCUCAGACAACAGCUCCAUUGAGCGCCAGCAGCCAAGGCGCCAGCCGGAACCCAUAAAUGAUUACGGCAUAGGCUUCAGCCAGACACCCGAGUAUCAAGCAUCGUCAUUCAGCGUCCAAAGCCCCGGAUCUGCCCAGUAUGGGUACCAGAAUGGCGGAGGGCCCCCAUCGGUACCGAGGAAAGACGGGGCUAUUUUGAGAAAACCGACGACACAGGAAUCGCAACAACGACCAGACACGGGCGAGAAGCGGAAGAGCUGGUUCAAGCGCCUAAGCAAGGGUCUUUAAGGGGGAGCACUGCGCGGCGGCGGCAUGACGAAGCGAGGAAGUCGGCCGGGUCACGGCGAGAACAAGCGUUGGCGGCCGUUGGAUUGGGAGACCCAAUCAUUACCAUUCGAGUCACCACUCCAAGCAAUAUUCAAGCGACAGCUACACUCAGCCCUAGGUACAGCUCGCAGCCUUUUUGGAUACCGGAUCACCUGCCAGUCGAACCGAAAGCGAACGCCCCGAACCUCACCGGCCCAACCACCUCGAGCUUCAUGACGCGAUGUCUCCACAGUGAACAGGAAAAGUGUUCACGAACCUACGAGAUAACAAUACCCAACUACACAUUUUUUUUAUUUUCACCACACAUUAUUCCGACCUCACAAAAGAAAUUGCAUCUUUCGAGCCCUGAAUCUGGCCGUAAUAGCGACGCAGCGGAAUUAUUGCCAUGGUGUCAUCGAUGAGCUAGAAUUGCGAUUGCCGUGGACAGCAUCCCACCCAGGAAGACGUUAUCCUACGCAAGUUCUCGCGGUUGAGGAGAACUUCUGGACCAAGGAGCUGUUUUGCACCAACAGCAAUUGUGUCACAAGGUCGGUCUCCACCAGGGGAUAGUCACAGCUGAAGGACUUCAUGAACAAAUAAGUCUUAUCGAUUUUCGCGCCAACGAUGUCGGAACAUAACGGGAUACACGAGUAUAUAUGGAAAGCGAUGGAAGCGUUGUAUGAGAAUGCCAGGUGCACUUUGACUUUUCGCCUCUACCCGCAUAGGAACGGUUUGCUUGGGGUCCAGGGCAUAGGCCUGGAAGGGGAAAACCGGGGAGUGGGGGCUGGCCAGUCUGGGAACGGAUAAUACCCAAAUCUAAACGCUCAUUCGCAGUCGAGAUUCCCUUAUACAGAAAUGAGGCAGUACGGGGCCAGCACACACAAGGGGCCAAGGGGCGUGCCUGUCGAGGCACUGGCGUUUUUACUUGAUUUCGGAUAGAGGCAGCCUCUCACUCUGCCUGGAUGGAGCGGCUUGCAAUGUCAUUUGGAGGGCUACAUUUUGAAGCCCAAAGCGAAUAACGUCUGGUCCUAUGACCCUGUGAUAUGCUGUGUCCUGUGUGUCGAAUGCACGCAGGUGCUUUUCCGCCCUAGGUCUGACAUGGAGGAUGGAUAUUAUGCGACCCAUGUUACAAUUCAUAUCCGACGCCAGUUGCAAACUAAACCUGCCAUUGAUGUUGACAUAUACACACCGCCCGUCCGUGAUCGGCUUGCCUUUGUUUAUGAAAUCUUUCAUAGUUACCGUGUGCAUGCAGCUGGAAAAUAUUACAUAAUUCACAGCUAGACACACGUAUCGUGCCACGUCCUGAUGGUCCCAAAGUGCUGCAGACAAAAGAUUGGCCUGCCUGCAGGGGAGCCAAGCGAGCAGAUCGGAAACCCCCCCCGCCUCCCCUCAGCGGUCCUUCUUGCCCUCCUUCUUGUCGUACUGCUCUGACUGGUCCUCUCUCAUGGCGACGAUCACGUACGCGAUCAGCACGACGUUGGCCAUGAUGGCCGCCGUGGCGCCCGCGAAGGUUGAGUUGCCUGUUUGGUGUGGUCAACAGCUAGCCACUUGGUGUGUGUGUCUCUGAAUAUGUAGGCAGUGCACUCACCUUUGAACACCGUGUUUACCGUCGCAAAGUACGAGCCGAUGGGGACGACUAUCAUGGCGAAGGUGAAUGCCAGCAGCUUGACGAUGACGUCCCUGGGGGGUUUAAUGUCAGUCAUGAGAUCCUAGAGAGGAGGGCAUGCUGUCAUAGCCGCUUCCUCCUCCCUGCCAUCCGGCCCGGUGAUAAAACGAGUGCAUCGGAAACAGGAAGGACCCAAGGUGGGCAUGAGGAAGGAGGCCCAGACUUACAUUGGCACCGCCGGGGCGAUGU